AAAGGUACUCCGACGUUUCGAUGGACACGCUGCGCGGCCUUGAAUCGAGACCGCAGGCGUUGUAACUAAUCGCGAAGUUUUGAACGGAGAGGCACAAAGCGCGAAGAGGUUGUUGCGCCUGCGUUGCGAGUUCCCAUUAGCCAUUCUCUCUUUGCGGUGCACGGUAACACGGGCUAGGAAGUUCCUUGCCUCUGAGGCCAGUGUAUGUGCGCGUACGUGUGCCUUUAGUUUCACGCGUCGCUUUAAUUUGGUGUUACGCCGAAACAAGGUGGUCACCCGAGAGCCCUGGUCGACUGCACGCAAACUUGCCCCUUACGUUCCCGUGACUGGACUCGCAGGCGAUCUGCGACAGGGCUGUUAAGGAAGCAGCCUGAACAAUGGACCUCGCGCGGAUGAAGACCCCAACGUGCGCAGCAGUUCUCGUUGUUCUCGCGAUUACCUUCCGGCAGGCGGCAGCCAUUGACCGGAGGCCCGUGUACAACAUCGCCCACAUGGUCAACUCUAUAGCCAAGCUAGACGAAGCCAUGGAGGACGGCGCGAACUCGGUCGAAGCGGACGUCAGCUUUGCGGACAACGGAACGGCGACCAGGUUGUUCCACGGCGUGCCGUGCGACUGCUUCCGGGCGUGCGACAUCCAGGAGGAGGUGCCCCGUUUCCUGCAGUACGUCCGCAAAACUACGAGUGGCCGUGGAGCGAAAUUCAGCGAUCGACUAGCCCUUCUCUUCUUGGACCUCAAAGUAGCCAACGUCGAAGAAAAAGAAAAAUACCGCGCAGGCGUUGACAUCGGACGAAAGCUUCUGCGUGACCUCUGGUACCAUGUUCCUACGUGGCAAGCGGUGAACGUCCUGCUGUCCGUUCCCAGCGUCUCCGACAAAGAGGUGCUGCGAGGAGCAGUCCACACAGUUUCACGUUUCUCGCCGAUCAUGCUGGACAAGAUAGGGUUCGACAUCAGCAACAACGACAAGCUGGACACCAUCCGAAGCCUGUACACAGACCUCGGCAUUGAAGGCCAUCGCUGGCAAGGGGACGGCAUCUCAAACUGCCUGUCUUACCUGCGGCCAGCUGCGAGGAUCCAGAACGUCAUCGAUAACCGCGAUUCCGAAGAAGUUGGCCGCUACGUUGAGAAGGCGUACCAAUGGACGGUGGACCUGCCGAAGCAGAUUCGUCGCUCGCUCAGGAGGGGCGUGGAUGGCAUAAUCACGAAUAGGCCUCAGCGCUUAGCGAAGAUCAUGCAGGAAGGCGAAUUCAACACCACCCUGCGACCUGCCAAUGUUGCUGACAGUCCCUGGACUCGCUUCGGGGGUUUGUCCCCUUUUCCAAGGCUGCCCUCGACUGAUAUGGACUUUCUAGGGGAUGACGAUUUUCCCCGGUUGCGUUGACUGCAGUGUGAGGCCGGCGCUACUGGUGGGAUCGUGAAUGACACUCAGCUAAACUCCAUCACCUGAAACAAGGAAUGCCUCAAACUGUAAGGAACCAGUGUAGUAUAAUGCAUUUUUUAUAGGAAACACCUAAUUAGUAUUUGAUUAUUUAAUUAGCAUAUAUAUAUAUAUA